AUGACAGAACCCCCCGCCAAACGUGCUCGGCGCGUCGAUAGCAGUACAAUGUGGGAGAAGAAUGACUCUCACACCGUCUCUGCAGAGCAAGACUCGGAACAUGGCCGCAGACGCUCACCACAUCCCCGAGACAACCGACGCGAUGGCCCUCGUGAAGACCGCCGCUAUCGCUCGCGUUCCCGGGAUCGUAAUGACAGAAGGCAAGAAAGGAGCCGGUCUCGAGAUCGCCGCGACCGAGACCGGAGGGAUCGAGAUAGAGAUGGGCGUGGGGCCCGAGACCGCAUGAGGAGUGGUAGCAGGGAACGUGGAUCCGAUCGACGAGGUUACCCCGGUAAGGGCGGCAAGUUCCGCGAACGUUCACGAUCACCUGGCCGCAAUGGCACAAAAACUCGAUCUCGAUCUCCACCUCCUCGAGGACCUAAAGGCGACCGCCGCCCUGAUCGCAAAGAUCCCCGGCCUCGUGAUGAUGGGCGAACGGCAAACGGCUCGGCUGUAACCGGUCGCCAUGCGGAGGAAAUGGAAGUGGACUUCAAGGAAGACGCAGACGAGGAUGAGAUGGAAGCGAUGAUGCGAAAGAGCAUGGGUUUUACCAGAUUCCGAACCACCAAAAACACCAAGGUUCCUGGGAACGAUAUCUACGGUGUGCGCAAGGAGAAGAAGAGCGAGUACCGCCAGUACAUGAACCGCACAGGCGGUUUCAAUCGGCCACUCAGUCCAUCGCGGUGA